GCCCUCAAUGAUUGAAUGGUAACCGUUGCGAUCUACUAUCUAUCCCUAUUGGAAGAACUUUGCUGAGUUGUAAUUGCAGCACAAAUAUGGACUCAUGAACAUCCAAAUAACUUACAUCGAAAGCAGGAACGCUCUUUGCAAAUUGCAAUAACAAGCACAAUUAGAGGCAUUUUGGAAACACAUUGGGAUUAAUGUGGUCAAGUAAACCAGAAGUGGGUGUUAGUUAAAGACCUCAGUUAUAACCAUCGUUUCGACUUGAUGGUGAUUUUAGCCGAAACACCUCAACUCAAUAGAUUAUUUAUCCAGUGCCUUCAAACAGCUCAAUACGAUAGACAUCGUAUUCGAAUUGCUAAUGCCAUCCAAACAUUGGAUUGCCUUCUAAGUGGCGUUUAUAAAUGUAGAUCAUCAGGAAGCAUAAAUGAAGAUUUAAGUGAAAUUCUCUUAGGACCAGAACACAUUAAUCAUUUCAUGGAGAAUUAUAUUUUACUAUGCGUUGAAUUAGUUCGUGAAGAUAGACCAGAACCACUUCGUAGUCUCAUAUUCAAUUCAAUGUUAACAUUUGCCUCGGUUACUUCAUCCUUGGACAAGAAUCCAUUUGUAGCUAGUCUUCUAGACGAUCGCAUUUAUGAUUUAGUGAUGAACACAUUGACCAAUCCUCAGCUGAGAUAUUAUCAUGGUGUAACUGCUUGCAGAUUUCUUGGCUUGCUGUUACAGUAUGCAACUGAUGAAUCGGUAAAUUCAUUUCAAACACUUAUACACCAGACAGAAGAUGAAUUGUUGUUAAAUAGUAUACUCUCAACCGUCGCUCUCGCUUUGUCUGAGUUCAACUUAAAAUUUGGACAACAGCGUGACAGUUCAGGUGGUAUUUUAUCUUCCUUUUCAUCUUUUUUCACCACGCUUGUCUCUGGUGAUGCGGGAUCUAAUAUCAGCUUAAGACCGUGUGAUUCACUUUUGCUGUGCUUAUAUGAAUUGGCUAGAAGCAGUCAUCAUUUCGCUAUACUUUUGUCAUAUUCCAAUGGUCAUUAUACAAAUAAUACAAGAGAUAUGGAGAGUAUAAUUGUUCCAGAUCCUAUAUUAGACUAUCGAAUUCUAAAAGCUGUUAGUACAGAAUCAAUGGUCGGCUAUCUGGAUACAACACAUUUUGUAUCACCUGGUAGAGCUGUGCCAGUAUUUACUACUACGACGACAACAGCUGUCAAUGCUACUACUACGAUGACUUAUAAUAGUAGUACUAGAUCAUCAAGUCCUCAGAGUUUAUCCUCACCAAAUAAUUCAACUAAAAGUUCUAAUAAUAAUAGCAGUAAUAUUAGUAAUGGUAAAUGUCGACGGCAUACAACUUCAUCUUUUGCUGCUAAUGGACAAUUGAAUGGUUUCAAUUUAGACAUGGAUUCUUUAUAUGCACAUUCAAUAGAACCAAGAAAUUUACUGGCAGAUUUAUUAGAAUAUUGUUCUGUUGUUAUGCAAGAUGCUAAAACUCCAGAAUCACUGAAUAGCUGUCACCUCUGCCUUAUUAUUAUUUGCUGUAUUACUCAGAAUCAGCUAGCCUGUUCGCUGUUACAUGAUAUUCAAACUAGUUUUAAAGUUAGAAUACAUAAAGCUCGUUCACGUAAAUCUGAUCCAAAGAACUACAAUGUUUUCACAAGUCGUCCAAUUGCUAUGGCUAUCUUAGACUUAAUGAUAGAAUUCGCUCAUGGACAUUUGAUGAAGAAGCUUCCACAUCGUUUAUACAGGUUAUGUUUAAUCAUCUGUCAGAAUUUAUUAUGCUAUCAAAGGGCUCAUAAAAUUCGUUUAGAAUUCGAUUGGAAAUCAUUAUGGACAGUUAUUCUGAGUUUAUUGAAGUUUAUUCUCAACUUAGAUUCUAGCAAUCUAUCUCUGCCUGACGCUCUCAGGCUUAUUGAGAAGGCUCUUCAAAUUUUCAAUCUUUUUGUUCUUCAUGGAGAUGGAUUCCUGCAAUCAGCUGAUGUAUAUGACAAUUUAUAUUACGAGUUAAUACGUAUGCAUUUGCUUGUUGAAAAUCUUUAUGAAUAUUGCUUGCAACAUUCAACUAGUUCUGUUACUGAAGUGAAAGAGAUCGCCUCAUCAGUUGUCCUGCAGUUAAGUACUCUAAGGGCAAUCGUCAAUCAUUUCAAUGCAAAAAUAGCUGCUUUCUCUACAUCAAAUAAUUUGACCUCAUUAACAGAAAAUCAGGUUUUAGAAAUUGUUCGAGAGAAUUAUGAUUCACUGACACUACGAUUUUUAGAAGAUUUAGAUACAAUUGAAGAGUAUGAAUGUGAUAAUGAAGAUACAUUAAUGUUUCAUACAAUUGUUGAGUCGAUUUCCAAACAAAUUCGUAAGGAUUGCCUUGAAUCCAGUUUACAAAUACAAAAUCAACUGCACGAAUUAUCUGCAAUUCCUUAAAUAAUAAGUUAGUUAAAUAAUUUACACAACAAUACACCUGUAAAUCUCAACACAUUUGAAAACAGACUUACAGCCAUUAAGGUGAUAUUCAUUUUCAUUACCUUUUAUUUUGUGAAAAGUCUUUCAUCAUGAGUUGUUUUUUUUUGUCUUUUUAAUCCCUACUUUAUUUUGUCUCUUUUCUGCACGCAUCAUUAAGCCCAUAGUCAUAUCACAUUUUACUUUCUUUCUCAAUGUAUAUACAUACCUCUCAUCUGAGUUGUUCCCCUUAGAAAAACUGUUCCAUAAAAAGGCUGAUCAUCAUACAUUCAUCACUCCUGUAAUUUAAACAAAACAAAAAUGUGUAGGUGAGCACAAUACUCUGCCUUCCCAAAACUUGUUCCUACCUCUUCACUAUUGUGAUGAUUGAACCUUUUUCCUUAUCCAUAUAUUUCCAUCUGAUUUCUUUUUUAUGUAAUAAUAAAUAUAAUUAUAAUUUUAAUUGCGAUUAUACAGACAGUUGAAGUUCCAUUCUCCAAAAUUUGUCAGUACUUUAUUGACAAUAAGAAAAAGGACGUUGUCACUGUAAUAUUUCUCUUACUUACGACACUGUAUUGUCACUGCAUUGAGAUUGCUUAUUCUGUGUAGUAGUCCUUACAAAAUACAACAUUGUAUUUGUAUAAAUAUACUUGAUGGGUGAGUCCAGGAAUCCACUAGCAUUGACACUCAUGAAUUCAAUCUUGUAACAUGAAUGUCCUUUGUGAGAACCACUGGAGUGUUUCUAAACUAGAAUGAGACACUUGUUCAAUACUCCCUGGUUUAAAUGUAUCUGUCAUGAUUGAAAUCAAUCGAAUUCCUACAAACCAACACUUGAAAAUUAAUCUUCUGCUACUCACCAGUGACUGACUACUGGUUGCGUUUCUGGUAGAUAGUCGUGACGAGUGGGUUCCACUAUUUUUGGUUUUGGAACAGAUAUUCACCGAUGACUUUGACCGGCUGUUGCUUUAUUUAUGUGAAUUCAGCAGAAACUAUAAUUGAAGGAGAAUUAUCUUCCGCCUAUUGUUUGAUGGUCGACGAGCUUGCGUUACAACCUGAAGGUCUUGGGUUCUAUCCUCGAUGCGGUGAAGAAUCCGAAACUUGAACGAGUUGAGUUUUCUAGUACUCCCUGAUUUUCAGUGUUCCGUAGCCAAAGUUAAAAUCAAUUUUUAUACAUUUAAUUUAUACUACUUUUAAUGUAUAAGUAAACGAAUUGUUUAAUUGAAAAUAUUGUCUUUCAUCAUAGUCACUUCAGGCAACUUUUGACUUACACACUCUGGCAUUCUCUAUCUCGUCACUGUAAACGUGUUGUAACUACAUAAGAACAUUUAAAAAAGAAACUUUUUACCUCGGGUCAUCUGAUAUCAUUUAUGCCGUACACGGAAUGCGAAUAGAACUAGUUGUUAUAUAUUAAGCCUAAUUAUCUGCCUAUCUAAAAUUUUGGCUACCAAAAUCUUCCAUCUCUCUAUUGCAUAUAUUUUCUCUUGUUCGGUUUGUUUUAUUCGAUUAAUAUAUCAAAUCUAAUGCUAUUAUCUAC